AUGGCGGAACUCGCUGCUAUUGGGCUUGUGAGUAAUCUUCUUCAAUUUACAGAGCUUGGGGUUAAGCUCUUCAUUCAUGCACGAGAGGCCUAUCGCACUGGCACCAUUGUUCAAGAUGAAGCUCUCAGGAGCGAGGUUCAUAAGGGAGAGAAGAUCUACAAAAGGAUAUGGGCCAGCCUAGAGCAAGCGCUUAAGACGCUUUCCAACCAAAAGACAACAGCUGCUUUUGAGCAGAGGCUAGUGAAGCUCAAGUAUGAUCUUCAGUUUUACCUUGUUGGCGCUUCUGUUCAAGCGCAGAAAGAAACAAAAGUCAUGAUUGAGAGACUAAAAGACCAAAAUGACCGACAAGGUACAAGCACUACUGAACGGCUUGACAGAAUACUCAUAAGAAUUGAGACAUUAGCGUGCUCCCUCAAAGACCAUGACAAUGAGGAGUUUCGCGCCCACAUCGAGAAGUUCAAGUCGGUCUUGGAAGAAUUCCACCAAGCCAAGGCCGUGCUAGAAAGGCAGCAUGAUAUUCUCAAGUCUCUACGACAUUUUUUGGAUCCGAGGGAAGGCUGGAAGCGGGAAAUCAACAUUGAUGAAAUUCCUCGUUUCUCAGGAAGGGCUGAGAAAUUUGACGUCGAAACUGCAAGUCUGGGGUGGGAAGUACAGAGUCGCGGCAAGCAGCCACUACUUCUGGCAUGCAGGCAACAGCAUGCAGAAGUCCCAACUAGGUCUUCUCCAGACCCUGCUGUUCGUUAUAUUGAAGGAACUCCCGGAUCACAUCGAAACGGUCUGCAAAUCACGCUGGGAAAGUCUAUUCACAUGCUUGGGGAUUCAUGGGGAUUGCUUGAAUUGAUGGCGGCAUUUGAUGUGUUGGCUUCAAAUCACAACAAGGACUUGCCAGUCAAAUUUUGUUUCUUUAUAGACGGCUUGGACGAGUACACAGGGGGUGCUGAGAAGUACCAUGGCCAGUUUGAAGACCUUCUGGCGACUCUCUACAAGUUAGCCUCCUUGCCAUCGGUUAAGCUAUGCGUAUCGAGUCGGCCGUGGCCUGCAUUCAACGAGUCGCUUGGUCUCAAAGUGGGAGAGUGGCACCUCCAAGUGGAAGACCUGACGAGAGACGACAUCAAGAGGGUGGUCAUGGAAAGAUUGUCAGCAACCCAUGAUUACAAGCGUCUCUCGAACCAGGACCCUCGCUGCUCAGAAAUCCCCGCCGAGAUUGUUCAGAGAGCACAAGGAGUCUGGUAUUUGUUAUGA